GUCAAAAGCAGUCAAGACUUGGGAUCUAUUCGACUUAUUUGUUGACAGCCUAAAACAUCUCUUUUUUUUUUUAUUCCUUCCCAUUUCUUUUGCUCUUCAUUUCGACUCGCUUAUUGAAGAGAAAAUGUCGAAGAAGGAAAUUUACUACUCUGACAAAUACAACGACGACGCCUUCGAGUAUAGGCAUGUGGUUUUACCGAAGCAGCUGUCCAAACAAGUGCCUCCCUCGCACCUCAUGACCGAAAAGGAGUGGCGCGGCCUCGGUGUGCAGCAGAGCCAAGGGUGGAUCCACUACAUGAUCCACAAACCAGAACCUCACAUCCUGCUGUUCCGAAGACCUCUCUCCAAGCACUGAUGUGUUGCUACGUAGCCUCGCUUCCAUUUUGUUUCCUCAUCACCCGUUAGACCCAUGUACACUUUCAUUGCAUCGUAUUUAUACAAGGAGAACAAACGCCAGGUUCAAUCGUUCACUCUCAAAUUCCAUCACAUUCAAGUAAAAUGGCCCCGUUAGCCAAAUGAAGCUUACAUUGUAUAUUUUGAGUACUUCUUUUUUUUUUUAACUGAUGGUUGAUAUACCACUUAGUGGUACUUUUUAUGCUUUAUUUGUUAAAUACCCUUUUACUGUCUUCCAGAUUGUAAAUAUGUUAACGUUUCUCUCCCCCAAAUAUGUUUGAUAGUUGUUGUUAAACAAAUGUAAAUGAAAACAUGCCUCAUCA